AUGGCAAGUGUGGCUGUAGUUCUGACCUGGGUGCUGGCCCUCCUUUCAGGGCUUUCAACCACCGAGGCAGGGAAAGGCUUCUGGGACUACUUCAGCCAGAGCAGCGGGAACAAAGGCAGGGUGGAGCAGAUCCAGCUGCAGAAGCUGGCACAGGAGCCCACGAGAUUGAAAGACAGCCUUGAGCAAAACCUCAACAAUAUGGACAAGUUCCUGGAAAAGCUGGGUCCCCUGAAUGGGCUCCCACAAGACCCGGUGGGCAUGCAGCAGCAGCUGCAGAAGGAGCUGGAGGAGGUGAGGAAGCGCCUGGAGCCCUACAUGGCAGAGAUGCAUGAGCGGGUGGGCUGGAAUCUGGCGGGCUUGCGGCAGCAGCUGCAGCCCUACACGACAGAGCUGAUGGAGCAGGUGGCCCUGCGUGUGCAGGACCUGCAGGAGCAGCUGCGCGUGGUCGGAGAGGACACCAAGGCCCGGCUGCUGGGGGGUGUGGAGGAGGCGCGGGGCCUGCUGCAGGAGCUGCAGAACCGCGUGGUGCACCACACCAGCCGCGUCAAGGCGCUCUUCCACCCCUAUGCCGAGCGCCUGGUGACCGGCAUUGGGCACCAUGUGCAGGAGCUGCACCGCAGCGUGGCACCGCAUGCCGCUGCCAGCCCCGCGCGCCUCAGCCGCUGCGUGCAGAUGCUCUCGCACAAGCUCACGCUCAAGGCCAAGGCCCUGCAUGCGCACAUUCAGAAAAACUUGGACCAGCUGCGUGAGGAGCUCAGCACCUUUGCCGGCACCCGUGCGGAUGGUGCGGAGGAAGAGGCCCAACCUGACCCCCAGGCGCUGUCUCAGGAGGUGCGCCAGCGACUCCAGGCUUUCCGCCACGACACCUUCCAGCAGAUCGCCGCCUUCACCCGCGCCAUUGACCAAGAGACCGAGCAGGUCCAGCAGCAGCUAGCGCCGCCUCCUCCAGGCCACAGCUCGUUUGCUCCAGAGUUCCUUCAAGCGGACCGAGGCAAGGCCCUGAGCGAGCUGCAGGCCCGUCUCGACGAUUUGUGGGAAGACAUCAACUACAGCCUUCACGACCGUGGGCUCGGCCAUCUGGGGGAGCCCUAA